CACCUGUCUUACCUGCUCGAGCGCAACACAGCCUGAGACAUGUCUCAUCGCAAGCCUCCACGAACAGGCUUCUUGGAUCUACAGAUGUGUGUGUUUCCUCCGGCGCACUAGGUAACACAUGAUGCAUCACAAUAGGAAGUACUCACCACCGCGCUACUGCGCUGUCGGGUCACCGCUAGCCCUGCCUCAGCUGAACCGAUUACCCAUCUUUCGGGUGGAAGAAGCUGAGCUGAUGGAGAAGAAUUCACCGAAAGCCAAAUCCAGAAUGCGCAACGCCAAGGUGAAGGCGGUGAGGAGCGCUCCGUCUCCCCAGAGGCCACGCGUCUUUCCAAACCCCGCGCAAAGCGACGCGCUACCGAAGGUGACAGAGAACGGGGCAGCCGGACAGCGGUCUAGAAAGAGGGGCUUCAAACCCCCGGAUGUCAGGACGAUAUUCGAACCUUCGGCCAAAGACCCCCGCGUGAAAGAGGAGAAAGGAGAAGGACACGUGUUUUGUGAGGACGCGACGUACGCUUGGUGCGAUGUGUGUUGCUCGUAUAUUUUUCACGGUGGCUUGACAUGUACAGGUUGUAAAUACACGUGUCAUGCUCAGUGCCGUGACCAGGUGGCGCUAGACUGUCAUCGGAACGGAUCCAUUAAUGGCUGCCCACUCAGCCCUCUUGCUCAGGACCAUCUUAACAACAAUCAGUCCUCACACAGCGAUGUGGAGAAAGGGAAAGAGCUGCGUACUCAUCUCACUUACGAGGACAUCAGACAGAAGGUCGAGCAGUACAACACAAAGUCACGUGACCACUUUAAAAUGACACUGGAUGUGGAGAAAGGGAAAGAGCUGCGUACUCAUCUCACUUACGAGGACAUCAGACAGAAGGUCGAGCAGUACAACACAAAGUCACGUGACCACUUUAAAAUGACACUGAGUGUGAAGGAGCCAAUAAGUGCUGCUGCCAAUGGGGGAGUAUUUGCUGAGGCCACCGUGAGAGAUCUCCAGCACACACUAGGAGACAGAUAUGUGUUUGGGUUGCGUUUUACAGCUGGUUUUCAUGCAUUGUACACCUGUAAGCUCUCAGAGGAAGAACACCCUCUCUUCCUGCGUCUGGUGGCAGGACCCAGUACAGACACACUCAGCUUCGUCCUGAAGGAGCAGCAAACUGGUGAAGUCAUGUGGGAUGCCUUUUCCAUCCCCGAACUGCAGAACUUCCUCCGCAUCUUGGAAAAAGAGGAACAGGACCAGAUUUGCUCGAUGACCAGACGCUACAAUGCCUACAGAGAGAAACUGGAGGAGGCCAUGAAAGCGACGGGCGGACCGGGAUAAAGCCAACAUGUUACCAGAAGGAACUGUAGAACUGCUGCCUCUAGUGGUCACUGUGUGUAAUGAACACUUAUUAGGCGUCACCGUGCCAAGCAGACACCCAGUCUCCGAAACUCAGAGGAGAGCACUGAGCUCCCAGAAUGCACCUCAGGUGCCAUAUGUACCCAUCCACCCUCUUUCACACUUUCAGUUGUUUCUCAUAUUCUCUGUUCUUUUACCUCUUGUGAAAGAUGGAAACGUGAAAAUCAGAUCUGUUUUUUAUUUAAUUGUUGGAUGCUGUGGUUUGUACAUAUUUCGGUUUGUUUUAAUUUAUGUGGGUGAAUUUAUUAUUUUUUUAUUUUUACUAAAAGAGUCUUAUUUUAUUUCAAAUAUACUUGUUGAAAAGAAACUGAGAAACUGGUGGGAUUAGGGAUUUAUUUUAUUUUAUUUUAUUAUAUUAUAUUUUAGAUUAAAUACAAAAUGACUCGUAGUGUGCCCUACCAAAGAUAGUGUUGAUGUGCUGUUGACAAAAUGAUAACCUGAUGGCCACAUGAGUUCAAACAGACAGGAAAGCGCAUGUUUGUGAUAGAGAAGAUUGAAUGUGGUGAUGUAGGGACAGGAAAUGUGGACUAAAGCAAUGUCAUAAACAUUGGUCGCUGAACGGAUGGCUUAAAUGCAAAUAAAAACCUUUUUAAAUCAGAGAAAAGGUAAGCAUUCUUAGUUGAUGUGCUGGAAUUGGAAGAUUCAGGAAGUUGCCAAAGGAGCAUAGAGGAUGUUGGAAAGUAUGCGGGAAGUGUCAUGGAGCGGUUUUGAAGCAGAUCUGACUGAUGUCGGUCGGGGUCAGAUGGUCUUAUUCAGUGAAUUAUGGGUCGUGAUGGUCUCUAGUUUAAGCAGAUAUUUGCUGUUCACCUUUCGUCAUCAACCCUGGAAAAUGCGUUGGAGAAUAUCUUCAAGAUAAACGACUGAAUAUACAAGUAAUGAAGAUUGUUUGUUUUGAAG